UAACACGCCAAAAAUUGCCUUCGAUGAUAAUUUUCUAUCGUUUAUUUUAACUCGCUGAACGUAUUGUUGCAAUUGGUUCAACGAGCUUGUUAUUUAUUCUUUAUUUCUUCUGCUUGAUAUAAAAUAUCAACGUCCGAACGUUGUCUUCAUUCUAAACAUUUACAAUAAUCGUUAUCGAUUGUAUCAACACGAUAAAAAUAAUUAUUAAGUAUAUCGUGCAAAUUUUUCCAGAAGAAUUAGGUAAACAAAAAUACAAGAAAGAUAUAUAAUGAAAUUCUCAUGGCAACAUAAGACUAUGGUUCACAAGGCUGUGUCUAUUAAGAAGAAUCUUUACGACAAGUGGGCUUUGAUUUUCUUUGCCAACAGUGACAAGUGCACGGUAAUAAACAAAAGAGAUUGCGACGUGAUUGAAUCAACAGCGGGUUAGAGUAAAAGCGAAAAAAAGGGGAAAAAAGAAGAGGAAUUUGUAUACGGUGCUAUUGGAUGAGUGGUGGCGAAAGAAAAUAUUUUAAAAGAAGUUGAUUGGUGUAUUAGGACGAAGAACAGUAGGAUAAAGUGUUUAUACAAUUGUCGACGAACGUUGUAGGUAUAUAAUCGCGUAUUCGUAUAUGAUUCAGUAUCAAUCUGCGAAGUACCAUACAAGAUGAACGUACAAGCGACACUCGUGCUUUGCCUGCUCGCAUUGUUCGGCAGCGUGGCCCAAGGUGGGCCAUCAAGGUUGUCUGAAACCAGUGAUUCGUCCGCAGCAUCUUGGUCCUCGAGUUCGUCUUCAAGCUCGUCCUUGUCCUCGUCUCUGGCUUCGGAUUCUGCUUCUUCUUCUUCUUCAGCUUCGGCUUCGGCUUCGGCUUCGGCUUCAGCAAGUUCGAGAAACGAUAACAGUAGAGUUAAGGCAUGGAAGAAGGGUAGAGGAGGUAGCGACAGCUUGGUACUGUCAAGUGAUUCAUCAGAAGAUUCAAAAGCCAGGGAGCUCCUCGAGACAGACGCCGGAUUGGGUGCGGCCGCUGCGUUAGCAAGAGCUACCGCGGAUGCCCAAGCUAGAACAGCAGCAAGCGCCGAUGCUACGGCUAAUAAGGCAACUGCAAAGGCUCUUGCAUUAGCCGAGGCUGCUGUAAGGGCGGAAAAUGCAGCGAUUCUAAGGAUCCGUAGGGCCUUAUCGGCAGCGCAAGCUCUCGUCUCGGCAUCCAAUCGUGCAAAGGCUGCAGCUAGAGCUGCGAGGGAAGCUGCUGCGAACUCUGCCGCGGCUGCCGCGAAAGCUUCCACUAAUCAAGUGAAAGCCAACGCUGACUCGCUUGUCGCCAACAGAGCUGCAGCCGCCCUUCUUGCUGCUGCCGAGGAAGCCCUCCAGAGAGCCAGUGCUUCGCAGAAUGCAGCAGCUGAAGCUGCUGCGAAAGCUCGUGCCGCAGCUAACGCGAAUGCCGCAACCACCAGAGCCGCGGCCUCGGCCAUACUCGCCGAAGCUCGUGCUAGAACAGCUAUCACGAAAGCAGUUGCCGCUCAAUCAACGGCCACCGCUCAGGCUAUUUCCGCCUCUCAAGUACAAAAUCGUGCGAAUAACCUACAAGCCGAAACCGCUUCUGCAGCCCAAUCCAGGGCAGAAGCCGCAAUAGCUGCAGCCGCGGCACAAGCUGCCGCUGUCGCAGAAGCUAACGCUCAACUCGCUCGUCUCAGCAAGGCAUCUGCAGGUGCUUCCAGCGAGGGUUCGGCUUCAGCCUCGGCAUCAGCCUCGGCAUCAGCCUCUUCGAGUAGUAGCAGCGCCUAAUUACUCUAAUCGACUACUACCUACCUUCGACGUCUCUGUGCGCUGCCCGUUUAACAUCAAACCCUUUUUGUGGCACGCAAUAUCGCAGAUUCACCAGAUAUGAUCCUCAGUUUUGCCUAAGAUAGGGCAAUGGCAAAAAGCAGCAAAAGCAGAUGCAUUAACGAUUCGAAAAUUGUAAUAAUAUCAAUAAAAUUCUUUUAUCAUCUUAAA